ACAAGCAAUUAUAGAAUUGGAUUGGAUCGAGAAGUUCGAGGAGGCUCGCGACGCCGGUUUCGUUUUAUUUUAGCUUAGCUUUCGAAGGCAUCCGGUUGUGCAUUCUCAUCGCGGAUCAUCGCCACGAUUACAGAUCAAAGAGUCGACGAAGGAUAACCGUUAACAAGGAGAAGUACAAAUCGUCAUCAUGGAGGCGAUUAAGAAGAAGAUUGCGACGUUGAAGAAGGAGAUGGACGCCGCGAACGAGACUGUGGAGACGAAUGAAAGUAAAGCGAGAUCGGAGAACAUGCGAGCAGACAAGUUGAACGACGAAGUAAGGGAUCUGCAGAAAAAGCUGGCCCAGCUCGAGCGAGAUUACGAAGUCGCCAAGGCAAAUUUAGAACGAUCUACGGCUGAUUUGGAACAAUGUGAAAAAUCAUGGUCCAGGGCAGAACAAAAUCGAACUACUUUGACGAAGAGAGUGCAGGAGAUCGAGGCGUCGCUUACGAAGAAGGAAGAACUGCGUCUCACUGCUCAGACGAAGCUUGGACGGGCCUCAGAACUUGCUGAUGAUGCGCGAAGAAUGUGUAAAGUGUUAGAAGACAGAAGUCGGCUAGACGAGGAGCGUAUGGAGAAGUUGAUGCAAGAACUAAAGGACGCUAGAUUAAUAGCGGAGGACGCUGACGCGAAGUCCGACGAAAUCUCGAAGAAGCUGCAGCUCGUUGAAGAGGAAUUAGAAGGCGCUGAGGAGAGAGUGAAGACCAGCGAAGCGAAAAUUAUAGAACGAGAAGAUGAGCUGUUCAUCGUGCAGAAUAUUGUGAAAUCCUUAGAAGUAUCCGAAGAAAAGGCUAAUCAACGAGUAGAGGACUUCAAACUGCAGCUGAAGGAGCUGAAGAAGAAGUUGAGGGCGGCCGAGAAGCGCGCUAUUCUUGCUGAGAGGACGGUGAAGAAGCUGUUGAAGGAAGUCGACAUGAAGGAAGACGAACUCAGAGAAGAAAAGGAGAAGUACAAGGCUGUCUGCGACGACAUGGACGCCACGUUCGCGGAGAUGACAGGAUAUUAAUAAUAACCGAAUGGACGGAGUUCCUUUUUAUUUUGCCAUUCUGAGCUUCUUCCGCUUAAUUCGCUACAUUUAACAACGGACGUCUCGCAUCGGUCGGCUGUGCCUCAGCUACGCUGGCUUCAUUCGUUAUAGUGUAUCGUGGAACAGUUUCAGGGGCUUUAUGAAUAACUUGCUACGCGAAUUCUGCAAUUAACACGAUGAAUAAAGAGCGUACUGCUAGUUUGCUAAUAUUGUACAAUCGCUUUGCUUCGCUUGAUACCACGCUAACGCUGCGGGACCGGUGAAAACUGGCCUUUAGUUG